AUGCUGGUCACCAGCUGCUCCAAAGCUAACACAGUUCAGGAAACACAUCUGACAAUGUCGUCAUCACUGAAUCAAGAGACUGGUUUUCUGUUGGCUCAUGUUGGAGAAAAAGUGACAAUGCGAUGCACCUAUGAAGGUAAUGAGCCGGCGUGGAUCUGCUGGUACAUGCAGACUCUGGGACAGAAGCCAAAGCUCAUGUCCAGCAUGUUUGUGUACGGGACAGAAAUCACCUUUUAUGAGGAAUUCAAGAAUAGCUCACAUUACGUCAUAGGGAAAGAAGAACAUAUGCAUUAUUUGACAAUAAUAGAUCUAAAAAUGUCAGACUCAGCUACAUACUACUGUGCACUUAGCUAUAAACAAGUUCUGUAUUUUGGAAAGGGAACUGCAGUCAGUGUUAAAGGUCCAGGUUUUAACAUCCAAGCUUCGGUCCAUCAGCUGGAAUCUGAAACCAUCCAGCCAGGAGCCUCUGUGACUCUGAACUGUUUGGUACAAAUUGAUAGUUGUGAUGGAGAACACAACGUUUACUGGUUCAGGAACUCAGAGGAAUCUGAACCUGGUCUCAUUUACACCUAUGGAAGCAGGAAGGAUAAGUGCAUGAGCAAUUCCAGCACAAAAAGUCAAAUAUGUGUGCACAGCCUGUCGAUGAAGAACCUGAAUGCGUCUCAUUCUGGAACCUACUACUGCGCUGUUGCUUCAUGUGGUCAUGUUGUGUUUGGAAACGGGACAAUCCUGAGCCUCUCAUGUGACGAUUCAGCAUGGAUCUGCUGGUACAAGCAAAGCCUGGGGCAGAAGCCAAAACUCAUUUCCAGCUUCUAUAACUAUGGAACAAAAAUGUCUUUUUAUCAUGAAUUCCAGAACAAUGGUCGUUUCCACCUGGAUGCAGAGAAUCACACUUACUACCUGACGGUUUCAGAUCUACGUGUUUCCGACUCAGCGACUUACUACUGUGCAGUGAACUAUGCAAAGAUUUUGACUUUUGCAGAGGGAAAAACAGUUAGUGUUAGAGAUUCGGGUUCUGACAGUCAGGCUUUGGUCGAACAGCCGAAACAUGCCACCGUCCCGCCGGGAGGCUCUGUGACUCUGAACUGCACAGUACAAACUGGGAGCUGUGGUGAAGCACACAGAGUUUACUGGUUCAGAAACUCUGAUGGAUCUCCACCAGGACUGGUUUAUGGACACGGAACCAAGAACGAGCAGUGUGAGACAAAUCCCUACAGACAGACAGACACCUGUGUGUAUGACCUGCCUGUGGAGAAUCUGGAUGCAUCUCAUGCUGGGACCUACUACUGCGCUGUGGCCUCCUGUGGACACAUCGCUUUUGGAAACGGAACCACGUUGAAUUUCACAGGUCAGCUAUAA